CUCUCUCUCGCUCUCUCUCUCUCUCUCCCCGUGUAUAUACGGGUUAGUUUUAAUACAAAAGCCAUGUUUUACGUGAACAGCUUUUGAAUUUGUCCACCACCUGAAUAUCCCAUUUUCACAUGAGAUCUCAUCAAUUCUUUCUUAUGAACGUACCCUUGGCCUAACCUCGACCCAAUGAUCUCCUAGCCUAGUUCUUGUAACGAAAUGGACGGAAACAGCAAAGUUGAGUUCUUGAUUCAGGCCGCAAGGUUUUCAUAGUUAAAAUCUUUUUUCUACGUGACACACAAAUGCCUGCACCACCGGAUCCAAGGCCCGGAAGCGCUUUCAUAUGGCUCAUCUCUUCCGUUUUGUUUCUCUCUAUUGCCGCCGGAGGCGGCUGCCUUUUAGCAUAUAUGUUGCAACCUGAUUCAACUUACGCAACCUGGCUUCCCUUUGCCGGGGUGGCAUUCGUUUGCCUUCCUUGGUUGUUUUGGGUGGUCACAUGUUUCUAUCGACUAAUUUCCCGGGCAUUUGGAUUUAGAGUUGGCGUUGCUUCCGGUGGAGGUGGAGGUGGAGGUGGUGCAUAUAAAGGAGGAGCCUAUGCUGCAGGCGGCGCCGGUGCCGGUGGUGGUCCAAAUGCGGCGAAUGCAGCUAAUAACAAAGUGGCUAUUGAGGCUCAUGCAGGCAGCGUAGAGCAUCCGCUGAGGUCGUCCCCGGAAAGUGAAGCACGAAGGCGGGCUCAAUUCGAAGCAAUCCUGGCCUUGGACGAUCAAGAUAUCGGCCAUGGCAGCUCAGAAGAGACGACGGAUACGAAGAAAACUAGCUCAUUAUGUGCACGCCUUACUGGCUGCAACGAUUCGUCUGUGGCUUCUCACGAGAGCGAAAUGCCUUUGGCCUUAUCAAUGGCAACUUGAUCAGAUCAUGAUAUAUGGGUAAGCAAUUAAUAUAUAUGGCGGCCAGUUAUCUUCAUGUUAUACGCAUCAUGCAUGGGGGCCUCGGAAUUAUGAUUAUGGGCGUCUGACAGAACAAAUCCUCUGAAUGGAUAUAUAUCAGUUUUCAACAAAUUCUCUGAUACAAAUCUAAGUUCUAACUUUGUUUUGAGUGUACGUACGUACCUACACCCACACAUAUACAUUAAUUGAUCCUCUUGAUCGUAGAUUGAUGUAGAUAUACUGCCCCUUUGAUAAAUACAGAUCCUGUUUUUAUCUUGAAGUUUGGAACCCAAAUUACCAAAUCCCCAUAAUUGUCAUGAUUGUAAAAAUGGAGUACUACUGCAUGCAGUUUAAGCCCUGUACCUAUAUAUAUAGCGCGCAGCUGGAUCAUGAUGAUCAAGUACUGAUCUCUGCAGGCCAGGUCAUGAAUCUUAAUUUCUGUAAUUUCUCAUGCAUGGAGAAAUCGAGUUCUCGAGUACUGAUUUAAUGGACAAAGUGGAAUUAACCAAUUCGUUCAUGUCACGAACAUGAUAUAUAGUCAAGAUCAGCAAUAAGAUUAAUUAGAUACUUUUUUUUCUUCCUUAAUCAUGUACGUACGUAGCUUUUUCGUUUUUCUCGAUUUCUUGGUUGUGGGUAUAUAUAAUAUAGGUGAUCAUCAUGUUUCGGAACAAUUUUAUUCAUAAAAGGUUCAAAAAUUCAAGCUCAA